GGUUUAUGCACCUGAAAACUCUAAGAAGCUGCAGCAAUGAUUCUUGCUCUUCUGCCUAAUGUCACUGAAGCUUCUACGAGUCGAAGAGGCUGAGUGGGCACCUAUGGGGUAAUGCGAUCCUGCAAGUAACUCGGUCCCAAGCUGUUAAGGGCUUUAUAUACAUAUGAAGGCUGUGGUCAUACAGCUGUUUAUUCCAUUUCCCCAACGUUUCCCUAACUGUUGAUUUCCCCAUUAUCUCUGGCAAGUCACAUGACAUAAAAGCCAUUUGCAGAAAACUAAUGGAAUAUAGUACAUAUUUGGAACUCAUUUCCAUGUUAUUUGAUUCCGGAAAAAAUAUCAGUUUGCAGCUCACUUAACCUGGAAAUUCAUGGGAGUAAAGUCAUGAAAUUUGGGGUGGUUAGAUCAGCAUACAGUCCUUUCCUGCUAUUUCUAUGGGGGUCUCAUGGGGGAGCAGAAGCAUACAUGUGUGGAAAGGGUGGGUAAGCAACAACAACGUCCAAUAAUGUUUGUUGCUGUGUCAUGCCCAUUGCGGCAAAAGAAAUUUAGCAUGUCCAGGACAUAGGAGCCAACUCCUAGGGCCCCCUACAAUAAAACAUUUGAGAGUCUGCCCCCCCCCAAGUUGAAGGGCAUUCCCAUUCAAAUGGUAUGUGUGCACUGAGUCAUGUGAUUGAUUAUGUGGGGCGGGGCCCACACAAUAUUUUAUUCAAGUUGGCACCCCUGGUCCAGAAUAUUGGUCAACAAGCCAUAGUUCCGCAACACAACAGGUAUUGCAGUAUGAAAUGAAUGUUAGGAAACAGGACAGAAGCACUAGCAUUAUAUUCAGGAAAACAAACACAUCUUAAGAGUAACACCUUUAAUUUGGCCCCAUAACAUAUUGACAAUCAGAGAGCACUUUUGGGUAGAUGUGUAAUAUGACGAUAGGGUCUCGCUCCUAUCAGCUGUUGUGCUGUCACGUUCUAUGCUCGCUACAGUUUUCCGACCAAGCACAAGGAAAGUUCCACAUGUCCAUGGCCAGCAAGCACAUAUUUGUUGCUGGUCACUCUCCCCCAUUUAUCUUUGGAGCCCAGUUGGACCACGAGCCAAAUCCCCCCACAGCUGGACUGGAAUAGAGAUCCCUGAUGUAGCUGACAUCUGAGCUCGAGUUUCCCUUUCUCUUUUCAUGUGUUCCCAAGGCCAUGCAGACGUCUCUGAUCGUCUACCUCUUCAUUCUCCUGCCUGUUACAGGUAGGUCAGUAGGACUUAACUCCUUAGGCCAGGGGCAGCCAGUGUAAUGCAUUCCAGGCACUGUUGGAUUCCAGCUCCCAUGAGCCCCAGCCCAUUGAUGAAGGAUGAUGGGAGUUGAACAGUAUCUGGAGGCCAUAACGUUGGCUACUCUUGCUGCCUUACACCAUGUUAGAUUAUUUGCCUAUCUAAUUUGAUAUUAUUUACUCCUGCCUUUGCCAAUAGCUCCCAACAGAUGGGAGUUGUAGUACAAACUGUGGGGUAACCAGCCUCAUAUAAGCAACAUGCUUAUGUCUAAUUAAUGUAUGAAGGGCUUAAUGUCAUAGAGUAAACUGGUCUGCAAGGCUUAGUUAGGCCACUCCCUCUCACCUUGGGAGGAAGGCAAUCAAAGGCCUUUGUUUACUUCAAUCUACCAGAGAAGUUCAAUGAGUGAAGAGGUUUUGAGCUGGUUGCUACAGUUCAGGCCACAUGGCUCUUACAAGCCAUUGUUGUGUUUGUAUACCAAUAAUUUAGGAACUUUCACCACUGUAACUGUAGUGGUUCAAGGGGUUGCUCAUGCGUAAGCCGGUGCCCACACCUGGCUGGGUUGCCUAAGUGAACCUUUUCUGUCCGGACAGCCACUCACCCGUGGCUGUCUCAAUCGCUGGCAGAAUCCGUCAGUGGGCGUUUCUUAAACUUCUUCCAGCAAAGACGUUCUUUCACGCCCAGUCGCCUCCUACUUUCCCCGCGCGGAAGCCUUCAGCGCAAGGAAGGCUUAGGCAGCGGAGGACCCUUCCUCCCCCCACUGGUCCCAGGCAAGGAGUCAUGUGACUCCCUCUCAGAUUCCCCCAUCUGCCCCCCUUCUCCACUGGAGCUGAGCUGAUUCCCUUCCCCAGAAGAUGGGCUGCCUCUCCCAAUCCCGUGACGCUCUCUGGGAUCCCUCUGGAGCUCUCUCUCUCCCUCCGCCACUGAUGGCAGUUCCCUGACAUCCACCUCCUCCUCAGGACCCCUCCCACCCCCGGCACCCUUUUCCGACACAACCUCCUCUCUCUCCUCGGCCGACGAUGCGGGGAACCCCCUGAAAGAGCUAUCAUCCUCUUCUGAGGAUUCAAAACGAGCCUCCUAUCCGCUGGGAUCUCUUCCCACUGGUUGAACGUCCCCGUCUGAUUCUUCUCCCUCGGACACCUCCUCUCCCUCCUCUUCUGAGGCAGGAAAACCCACAAAGUCCCCUUCGUCGUCUGUGGGUCCAAAUUCUUCCUCCCAAAAUCUAGCUAAUGGUUUGGGCUUAUCCGGGAACAAACUGUGGAAUUCUUCCACCAGAUACUAGUCGGUGAUUGAUUCAGCCGGGACCCACGUGUUUUCCGACCGGGGUUCCCCCUCCCAGGCUACCAAGUACUCUACCUGGCGACCUCGCCACCUUGAAUCAAGUAUUUCUGUGGCUUCGUUACAGUGUUCCCUCUCUUCGACCCGCGGGUGGGUGGUGACCCCUUGCUCCCGUCCCGGGAAUUCCCGCCCCUCCCUGUACGGUGAAAGUAGGGACCUGUGGAACACCAGAUGUAUCUUCAUGCUGUCCAGGCAGCUUGAGUUUAAAUGCCACUGGGUUCACUCUGCUGCCUACCUCAAAGGCCCCAGCCGCCUAGGCUGCAACUUCUUGCACCCUCCCUUUAGGGGCAACCCUUGGGAUGACAACCACACCCGGUCUCCCACCCAUAUAGCCUCCCCCUUCCGACGGUGCCUGUCCGCCUGCCUCUUAUAAACUUCCUUGGCCUGCUCUAAGUUCAGCCUGAGUUGCUGGUGUAAGGCCUCCAUUUCCUCCACAAAUUGCUCAGCCGCAGGUACACUCCAUCCUUCCUCCCCACGCCCCGGGAAUGCCCUGGGGUGACACCCGUAAUUGGCCAUGAAAGGGCUCAUUCCCGUGGACACAUGUUCAGCGUUAUUGUACGCAAAUUCAGCCAAAGCUAAUUUCUCUACCCAAUCGUUCUGUCUCUCGCUGACAUAUGCAGCGUAGGUGUGUGCUGGAGUACGCCGUUCGCUCUUUCGGCUUGUCCGUUGGUUUCCGGGUGCCUCGCCGUCGAGAAGCUCACCUCGACCUGUAGCAAGCUCAUGAGUUUCCGCCAGAACCGGGAAGUAAAUUGUUUCCCGCGAUCCAAGAUUACCCUCACUGGAUCUCCAUGCAGUCUGAAAAUGUGAUCCACAAACAGUCUGGCUGUCUCCUCUGCCGUUGCUGCAUGUGAGCACGCUACGAAAUGGCACAUUUUUGUCAGUAGAUCGACUACUACCAUGACCGCUGUCUUUCCCCUCGACUUGGGCAGAUCUGUCAUAAAAUCAAUGGACACCACCUCCCAGGGCCUUUCCGAUGUGGGUAAGGGUUCCAGUAACCCUGGGGGGGCAGCCCUUCCCCGCUUUGCCCUCUGGCAUCGGUCGCACCCCCGUACAUAUUCUCUUACGUCUUCCCUCACCUUUGGCCACCAGAACUGCCUGGUGACAAGUAACAUGGUCUUGUGCUGUCCAAAGUGCCCAGCUGUUGGGUUGUCAUGGAGUUGUUUAAGUACCUUCCCCCUCAAAGUCUCCCCCGGUACAUACAGCGCCCCCUUAUAGUACAAUAGCCCUUCCUUUUCCUCGAACCCUCCAUUGACUUCCCUUCCAUCCCUGAGUUCCCUGAUUUUCGCCUGAGCAAACUCAUCGUGCCUGGUGAGCCCUGCCAGUUCCCGUUUCCCAACCAACGCUCCCCCCCCCCACACCGAUCCUCGGGCAACACGUGCCUGGUCUCUGGGGGCCCCUCUCCUUCCAUGUACUCCGGUUUCCGGGAGAGAGCAUCUGCCCUUACGUUUUCCUCUCCCGGCACAUAUCGGAUCUCGAAGAAAAACUUGGCGAACUCCUGGGACCAUCUGAUCUGUCUCUGGUUGAGCACUCGCGCGGUCCGCCAGUAUUCCAAGUUCUUGUGGUCAGUUCUGACCUGGAUCUUGUGCUGCGCCCCUAUCAAUAGAUGUCUCCAUUGCCGAAAUGCCGCAUAGAUGGCAAGCAGCUCGCGGUCAUACACUGUGUAGUUUUGUUCUGACUUGCUCAGCUUCCUUGAGAAAAAGGCACACGGCAUCCAGUUCUGCUUGUCCCCGGGCUGCAAAAGGACCGCUCCAAUGGCGCGGUCGGAAGCGUCCGUCUCCAGCCUCAUGGGCUUCUCCGGAUCCCAGUGCAGGAGCUGUUCUUCCGAGGCAAACGCCCUCUUCAGUUUUUCAAAGGAUUGCUGCGCUCCCUCUGUCCACACAAACGUCUUUUUGCUACUAAGACAAUCCGUUAUGGGCGCUGUCAAGUGAGCGAAGUUCCUUAUGAACUUCCUAUAGAAGUUGCUGAAGCCUGGGAACCUUUGCACAUCCUUCCUGUUUUGGGGGGCUUUCCAUUCCAGCACUGCCUUUACCUUGCCCAGAUCCAUGGCUAGUCCCUUGUCUGACAGCCUGUAUCCCAGGAACUCGACCUCUCUGGCGUGGAAUUGGCAUUUUUCCAGCUUGACCCACAACUGAUGCUUCUUCAAUCUCUGUAGCACCUCCCUGACGUCUCUGAUGUGUUGCCUUUCAUCGUCCGAAUAGAUUAAGACUUCAUCCAAAAAGGCUACGCAAUUCUUGUACAGCAGGGGCCCCAACACAUGGUGCAUGAAGGCUUGAAAGCAGGCUGAGCCCGAUUGUAAUCCAAAUGGCAUCACUAAGUACUCAAAAAGCCCCCAGGGAGUGAACAUGGUCGUUUUCCAUUCGUCCCCCUCCCUUAUCCUGAUCAGAUUGUAUGCCCCCUGAGGUCCAGCUUGGUAAAAAUCUUUCCCUGCCUCACCCGUGUCAAAAUAUCGUCAAUCCUGGGCAUUGGGAAAGUCACGGGUUCUGACACCAGGUUUAGGGCCCGGUAAUCCACGACUAAUCUAGGCUGAUUAGUCUCUUUCUUGUCCACAAAGAACACUGGACUGCCCCCCACCGCCUUAGAUUCCCUUAUGAAACCUCUCUUCAGGUUCUUGUCAAUAAACUGCCGCAGCUCCUGCAUCUCCUGGUCGGACAUGGCAUACAGCUUACCCACUGGUAACUGAGCCCCUGGAAGCAGGUUGAUUUGGCAGUCAAAGGGCCUGUGGGGGGGGGUAGUUUGUCUGCCUCCCUUUCACUGAAGACCUCCUUCAAAUCAGCAUAUUGUGGUGGCACCUGCCCUUUUUGCUCCAGGGCCAACCCCGCCACCCUGGCUACAGUCAUCCUUGGUUCCUUCCCUCCCAGACAGUGUUCUGAGCAGUAAGCUGACCCAAAAGUGACCGACCGCUGAUGCCAUGACACCACCGGGUCAUGUAGUGCCAGCCAGCUCAUUCCCAGUAUUAUUGGGGGUCCUGCCAGCGUGGCCACGUGAAAGGCAAUGGUUUCUGUGUGCCUAGCAACCCUCAUUCGCAUUGGCGGUGUCUGGUGUGUCACUUCCCCUCCCAGGAGCUCCCUGCCAUUGAUGGUGGUCACCUGCAAGGGAAAAUCUAGUGGCAACAGGUGGAGUUGGUGCUCCAGAGCGAAGUCUCUGCUGAAGAAAUUACACGAGCUGCCAGAAUCUAGCAGUCCCUCCACCUUGACGGGGUGCCCGUUUGGGAGUUCUAGCACCACCUCUAUGGCUACCGCUGCCUUGGGGGGGUCAGGCUGGGGCACUUCUAUUGGUUGCUGACCUGGCUGCUGGCCCCGCUGGUUGGCAGCCAGGCGUUGGCGUUUCCCUGCGCCUGCCCCUCCUCCCCCUUCUCGUCGUGGCCUGCAGCCCCCAUCAUGCCUUGCCAGGCGUUUCGUUGAGGGCAGACCUUUGCAAAAUGUCCCGGUCGCUGACAGAGGAAACACUUCUUGGUAGUUUCCCACUCCUUUCCCUCCCUUUUCCUCCCUUCACCGGCGUUUGAAACUUCGCGCGCGCACGCUACAUCAAUUUCCAUUGGCUCUGCCGCCUGGGAAGGCUCCCUCGGCAUUUCAGGAAUGCGGUUGUCAUGGAAAUGUUCCGCCCUUAUCUCCCACUUCUGAGUCCGCGCUUCCUGGCGUACCCCGAUCGCAAGCACAGUCUUUGUGAGUUCAUCCAUUGACUGCGGGCGGGGUGCUCGGGACAAGUCAUCCUUCACUUCAGGGGAUAAACCCCCCUCGAACAACAUUUGCAUAGGUUCAGAGCCGAGAUCCCACCCAAGCUUGUGGACUAACAUCGCGAACCACGACCAGUAGUUUCUGACGGACAGGCUCCCCUGCUUGCACCCCAUCAGCUCCCGGCGCGUCACGCUUUGCUCAACCUCGCUGGAGUACAUCGCGUCCAUCGCCUGAUAGAAUUUCUUGAGAUCUUUCAAUGCAUCAUUCUGCGUUGCCAUUAGGGGCCUGAUCCAUUCACGCGCUCCAUCCUGCAGAUGUCCCACAAUGUAAGCCACCCUCUCCCCGUCAUUGGCAAAGUCAUCCUUCUGCAGUUCCAAAGCGUACUGGAUUUCCGUUCGGAAUGCAUUGUAGUCCUGGGGCUUUCCACCAAAUUUGUGUACCAGCCCCUGAACCUUCCUCCCUAUCGGGGUGGCUCUGACCUGUGCAUCCUGAGCCCGUCUCUCCUCCAGCCGCGCCGUCAGGGUAGCAGCAUGCGCCUCCAGGUCUCGGUUCCUCUCUACCAGACCUCGCAUCAAGGCUUCUUGCUCUGUUCCUCCGGCCGGCUCUGUUUGGCUCAUCGUGCUGCCUCUCCGGUACUACACAAGCAACGUCAAGGACUGACGGAUUGCUGUAGUGGUUCAAGGGGUUGCUCGUGCGUAAGCCGGUGCCCACACCUGGCUGGGUUGCUUAAGUGAAGCUUUUCUGUCCGGACAGCCACUCACCCGUGGCUGUCUCAAUCGCUGGCAGAAUCUGUAAGUGGCUGUUUCUUAAACUUCUUCCAGCAAAGAAGUUCUUUCACGCCCAGUCGCCUCCUACUUUCCCUGCAUGGAAGCCUUCAGCGCAAGGAAGGCGUAGGCAGCGGAGGACCCGUCCUCCCCCCACUGGUCCCAGGCAAGGAGUCAUGUGACUCCCUCUCAGAUUCCCCCAUCUGCCCCCCUUCUCCACUGGAGCUGAGCUGAUUCCCUUCCCCAGAAGAUGGGCUGCCUCUCCCAAUCCCGUGACGCUCUCUGGGAUCCCUCUGGAGCUCUCUCUCUCCCUCCGCCACUGAUGGCAGUUCCCUGACAGUAACUAAGGCAGGUUUUACUGCCUGUGCAACGUUUUCUGAAUGCUGUAUGGAAAAGCACCAUGAAUAUAACCUUUGGAGGGUUUGUAAGUAAACCAUUUUAACUUACCAAAUCUAUGGUCUUUUUCUAUGCUAGGGGAAGAGGUGAACUUUGGAAGGACCUUUGAAGGACACAUUUUAAGGAUCUAACAACCUUUAUUUCCAUGCUUUACUUUGCUACAAAUUUUGUGAUUUUAUAGCUCUACUGGGGUUCACUCACCAAACAGCACUUGGCUGGAUCUUGGCAUCCAGGGAAUUCUCCUCCAUUUUGUGGUUUGUUAUGACAUUUUGUGGUUUACCCAGGGUGCCAAAACCAGAUUCUCCAAUUGUCCCUGUUUUUUAGGGACAGGCUCAGAUUUACAGAAGCCACCCAAAGUUUCUGAUUUGAUCCUGGAAUGUCUCGCUUUCCUUAGGACAUCCCUAUUUUCAUUGGAGAAAUGUUGGGGGGUAUACAAAAUGUCUUGGGCCAGCCCUGAAUAAAGCUCACUUGCUACCACCUGACUGGAACUCAGCCCUUUAUUUAAUUCUGCCAUUUCCUUUCCCUUCCAGGAGUUUGCUUGAACUGUGAACGCUGCAGCAGCAGCAACAGUGACUCGUGCAUUGGGACACCCUAUACCUGCCCACUAUCUGAAGAUGCCUGCCUUAUCUUCACCUCGGAGAACAUCGUUGGUGGGUGAUUGUUUGGCCCUUUGCCAAGGUCUGGGCAUGGCCACAGGCAAAAAUGGGUAGUGCCUCUCUCUCGUGUGUGUGCAUUUAAAAAGCAAAUCAGGAUAUGAAUGUCAAAAAUAAAUGAGUAAGUAAACAAAAAUUAAUGUACUCAGAUUGACAUUGCUGUUGAUUUCUUUUUUGCCUUUCCUCCAUGAAAAACCCCAGGAAAUGACCGAUGGUUCUCUACGUUCAAAGGCUGCACCAAGAAAAAGUUCUGCCCUCCGACGCCCAUGGGCUUCACUUUCCCAAACCAGCGCAAACGGAGAGCUGCCAAGUGUUGCCACAAAGAUCUCUGCAAUGCUGGAUCAGUGACACGUAAGCACCUUGGCAGGACUUUUCCAAGCUCUUCCUCUUCGAUGGGGUGAUUCGCGUCACCAAACUGCAGCCCAAGCAUUGCUCCAAGGGGCAUUGGUUGCUCCUGGGAAACAUUGCCAUGGAGAAUUGUGAACCAAUCUCAACCAGCAGCCAUGAUUUGUAACACGCUUCAUUGCAAUGGCAGUAGUGACCUCUGAGAACAUCUAGUAUGAACUAGGUCACAUUUAAAGCACAUGUCUCCCCACCUCAAAGAAUCUAGGGAACUGUAGUUUGCAAAGAGUGCCAGGGAUGGUAGCUCCAUGAUGGGUUAAGGAUGGUUCCCAGGAUUCUUUGGGGGAAGCCAUAUGCUUGUGAAUAGUGAGAAUAUGUCCCUAGAGUAAAGCCAUUAGGUUUGCCAUAUUUCAAAAAGUGAAAAUCUGGACAGAAAAGUUGGUGAGCUUUCUCCCCUCUGUUUUUUUCCUUCAAAGUUGUUAAGCUCUGAAUGAGUUAUUUUUAAGGGGAAAUCGCUGGGUUAGCAUACAGCCAGAUUUCCCUGGAUGUUUAGCUGAUUUCUGACUGGACAGUUUUUGACAGUCACUUACCAGCUAUGUCUGGGAAAUUCUGGACACAUGGCAACCCUAACAGCCAUCAUGUUCUCACCUUCAAAACCUGAGGGGUGGGGCUGUUUGUGUACGGCGGGAACAGGAUUGCAACUCUACCUCCUUCCCAGACUUUUGGGUGUUAAGCUGGAUGCAUACAAAUUUGUUUGUAAAUAUUCAAUAAACCAUUUCCAUUCUUUUAUAAAAAGUUUGUCAUCUUGAUUUCUUUUUCCCCAGGUCAGUUUAAUCAUUUCUGCAUAUUCCAUAAGUUUUUGUAUGCUUUCUUCUUUUGCUAGGAAUUUUUAUUCUUUCCAUUUUGGGGCAAGCAACAUUCUUGCUGCUGUAGUAGCAUACAUGAAUAAGUUUCUGUACAGUUUGGGUAGUUCUCUUCCUAUAAUUCCCUUUUUUUUUACGGUAACCAUUCUUAAGUUGGGAAUAGAAUAGUUGCUUUGGAAGAUGGCGUUUCUAAGUGGUCCAUGUUUCGCAAGCAUACAGCUAGCAGGAGUGAUCCCACUUGCCUUCUUUUGGUGUGUGUGAAUGUGUGAAUAUGCUCACAGAGAGCCAGUGUGGUGUAGUGGUUUAAGAGCGGUAGUCUUGUAAUCUGGGGAACCGGGUUCGCGUCUCCGCUCCUCCACAUGCAGCUGCUGGGUGACCUUGGGCCAGUCACACUUCUCUGAAGUCUCUCAGCCCCACUCACCUCACAGAGUGUUUGUUGUGGGGGAGGAAGGGAAAGGAGAAUGUUAGCCGCUUUGAGACUCCUUUGGGUAGUGAUAAAGCGGGAUAUCAAAUCCAAACUCCUCCUCCUCCUCACAGCUAUGACACAUUGAAGCUGAACAUUGGCAGGUUGAGGACAGAUACAAGGAAGCACUUCUUAAUGUAAGCACAUAGUUAAACCGUGGAACUCAAUCCUAGGGUAGGCAGUGAUGGCCUCCAGUUUUAAAAGAGGAUAUAGACAAAUUCAUGGAGGAUAAGGCUAUCUGUGGCUACUAGCCACAAUGGCUACACUCUUCCUCCAUACUCUAGUGUUCAGUGGAGGCGGGGAGGGCAGAUUGUAUGCCUGUGCCCCCUUCUAAUUCCUGGAUCCAGCACAAAUUCAAUUCCUGGAACAACCUGCCUAGCUUCCGGCUUGAGGUCAUGGCCUUCUAAGUAUGGGCUGCUUAGGGAAGGUGGUUCUGUGCUGGACAAUAAAUAGUUGGGUCCCCCUCCCUUGACUUGUUGGUAGUUAGAAAGACAAAUGGCAGAGGGCAGAGUUGUGUGAGAGCUAGAAGCUGGAAGCAAAGUUGCAGGCUGGGAAGCCAGAGAGACAGAGCCAUGCCUGGUUUCUGCUUCAAUCCAAGGCUGUGGCAAUGGGAGAAGCAAGACCCUCUUGGCAUGUUAGUGCUAUGAAUCCCUCCAUCAUAGGCUCAGGUUGUAUAUAUGUGCAAAAAAACAACAACCCAUAUACCAUAAAGGCACCACUGUCUCUGCUGCCCAUUAUUCCAAAGGAAACGUGAACCCUGGGUGAGAGCACUGGAAUCUUGCACCACUGGGAGAUUGGUGUGGCAUCAUAGGUGCCAGGGCCCUGGGGCCCUGGGUGCCCGAGGGCUCACAGAAUUCCCUAUGAAGGGGGAACAAAGUUGGGUGGUUGCUCCUUUGGUGAAAUGUUUGAGGAUUAUGACAGAAGCCCAAAGGGGAAUGACUGGAGGAUGGGUAACUAUCUAAAAUCUGAAAAUGGAUCUGAGAUGAGGUGUUUCUUCCCUGUUUCUGUGCUUGCUCUCAGUGCCACGGCUAGGGGCCAGGCCAAAUGGCUUACAGUGUCCUGGAUGCUUCUCACAGAAUCCAAGGUGCCGCCCCACAGAAACAUUAAACUGCCACGGCUGGGAGCGCAAAUGUGUCUACUAUGAUGUUUCCGUACAACAGGGUAAGGCCGCAUUCAGACAGCUCUUUAUUCCAUUUUCCUGAUGUUUGAUUACCUGAUAACUUUCACGUUUUAUGCAAUCUUUCACACGAUUUCACUUUGGGAAAUCUAGCAGAACCGAGUGGAAUUUUAAUGCCCAUUUCCAUGCCAAUUGCUCAGCUUAAACCAAAUCAACAUUCUUUCAAUUCCUGCAGGUGAUGAGAUAUACACUUAUGCCAAACGUGGCUGUGGGACCAAACACGCCUGUGUGAGCGGGCCACGUACUCUCGGGAUACCUGGAUUGUACGUAGAAAUUUGGAAGAACGCCAUGUGCACUCCAGCUGUCAAAUACAUGCACUAGCAAGUUGCUAGGCCCUCAGAACAUAAAUAUGUUUUGAAACAUCUCUUCAGCUUCCUGGAAGAUAAGACGAGGUUAAAAAGAAAUGAAUCCAGGCAUCAUUAUUAACAGGCAAUUUCCAUUUCCACUAAUCCUAUGCAAUUUUAU